AUGACAGCCGAAAAAAUUCUAGAAUUAAAAGUUCGUCCAUAUCAAGCGCAAUCUCAAGAAAGGCCGGAUUUCAGAAAUGUAGCACGUGUAUAUGUUUGUACAGACGUUCUUUUGGAUCUUCAAGUUAAGAAUGGAGAAACGUGCUAUUUAUGGAAAAGCUCAGAGGGCGAACAUACAAGAAGAGAGGCGGUAAUUUGGUUGGCCACAGAAAAAUUAAGUAGGAAAGUUGUGCAAGUCAGUAAGGCUUUCCAAGAGGCAUGUGGGUUCAAAUUAAGUGACGAUGUGAUUGUUGCUAGAGGAGCAAAGUUGGAGGUUGCAAAGGAGAUUCUAAUUAAGGAUGUCGGUAUGGUUGAAGGGGUUAUGCGGGAAUUGACAGGAGACGCUGAGGUUGCCUGGAAGUUUGUUCUGGACGAUCUCUUAGCUCGCGCUGAGUUGGUGUACCCUGGAAUGACCUUCAGAGAUGUGAUGCUUAGAAGAGAAAGGCGAACCUUUGAAGUCUUUUCUAUCGACGGCUCGAAAUUUGGUGUUGCUGCCUUUCAUGAAGGUGUAUCAUCCUUCAAAAUUGGAACAAUUGCAGAAAUCAGCGGGGCCAUGUUAGCUGCAAGCAAUGUUGAACAAAAACCUCUUCAAGUUGUUGAUAUUGCAGGCAUUGAUCAAGCACUUGAAAAGCUUAACAAGUUCCUGAGCAAUUUCAACCGCCAAUUCUAUUUUACCAAAGUUCGUAGAUCACCAGCCGUUCUUUUACAUGGUGGAAGCGGAACAGGCAAGAGUUUCGUCCUGGACAAAAUCGCCAGCACAGAAUGGGGGAAGGUUCGCAGAAUUGACCGGAAAACCAAGCCAUCUGAAGUCCAGAAAAUUUUCAAGGAUGCAAAAGUCAACCAGCCAAGUAUUAUAAUUAUAGAUGAUAUUGAAUCUGUAGUCGCAAAAGGGGGUGAACCAUUACUCGACAUGACAGAUGCUAUUUGCGAAGGAUUAGAAGAUCUUAUGAAAGAUCAUCCCUCGGAUUCUUUGCCACAAGUUCUGGUGGCAGCGUCGACAUCAGACAUGCUUAAACUACCAGCUGCAUUACGAAAACGAGGCAGAUUUACUACAGCUAUUGCUUUACCUGUCCCAGAUGCAGCUGCUCGGAAAGCUAUUCUCAAGUCUCUGGAUCCUCAAAUGUGCCCUGAAACUCGCGAUGAGAUUCUCGAUGAUCUCGGAGAACGAACACAUGCAUAUACACCUGAGGAUCUCUCUCGUUUAUUGGACGAAGCACAACUGUUUGCAGAAGAGAAGUUAGAUGAAGAUAAUGUGACCCAGCAGACAUUCGUCGUUAAAGAGGAUAUCGAGCAUGCACUUCUGGAGGUAAGACCAAGUGCAAUGCAUGAUAUUACUUUAAGACCACCAAAGGUCAAGUGGAGUGAUAUUGGAGGCCAAGACAAAGUCAAAGAAGCUAUUCAGCUUGCUAUUGAAACACCUUUCCUCCACCAAGAAAUCAUGCAAGACUUUGGCCGUUCACCAACAAAAGGUCUUCUCCUCUAUGGACCUCCUGGAUGUUCCAAAACACUCACCGCUCAAGCCGUUGCUACCGAAAUGGGUUUUAAUUUCUUUGCCGUCAAAGGCGCAGAGCUGCUCUCCAAGUAUGUCGGUGACUCUGAACGAGCCGUUCGUAACGUCUUUUCUCGUGCACGAGCCGCAGCUCCAAGUAUUAUCUUCUUUGACGAAAUUGAAUCUAUUGGUAGCAAAAGAGAUGGAAAGAAUUCGAAUAACGGAGUCAACGUUCUCACCACUUUACUUAACGAAAUGGACGGAAUUGAGAGUUUAAAGGGCGUUACCGUACUAGCAGCAACCAACAAACCACAAGAUCUAGACUUAGCUCUCUUGAGACCAGGUCGCUUCGAUGAACUUAUCUACGUUGCACCACCAGAUUUCUCUGGCAGAGAAGCUAUCAUUCGUGCUAGACAACGUAAAUCUACGAUGGGAGAAGAUGUUGACGUAACCGAACUUGCUCGCCUAACAGAGGGGUAUUCAGGAGCUGAAAUGGUCAGUAUCUGCCAGAAAGCCUUCGAUAAGGCCAUUGAACGACGUAAAAAGCAUGGGACAAUGGAACCAGCGGUUAUGGACGAUUUCCUCGCGGCAAUGAACAAGAUUAAGAGGCAAAUAACUCCGGAAAUGGUGGCGGAAUUUGAGAGGUGGGCCAAAGGGGAAUAG